AAAAAACAACACAACUCGGUCUCUCUCCUCAUCUUUCAUUCUCUGAUCUGGACACACAGAACUAUCGAAAGACUAAAAUCGACUCUUCCCUGUCACCGGCUUCGAUUAGCCUAACGAACUCACGACUGCUGAUUUCUUUCUCCCCUGCUUGGCGUUCUCCGGGUGUUUCAUGCUGCUUUCCUUUUUUACUAUUUUCUUGUUUCCCUCUUUUCUCUAAAUUCUCGCACAAUCACUCCCUCCGCCCGUCAUGAUUUCGACGCUCCCUCCCCCUCGUCCCGUGUCCGUCAACUCGCUGGCCAAAGCGUCGGUCUCGACCACCCUUCCAUAUGCCAAAUCGAACCGGUGUACCAGCGCGGAGAUCCAGUUUCCCGAGGGACCCGUUCCCUCCGCCGCGGUGGGGCUCGUCGUUUGUCACCAGAGCCCGGUGGAUACCGAGAUGGAGGACACUGAUAGCCAGCCCCCGAUAAGCGUCGAGACACUACCACAGUCCAGCCAUUCCGCGAUCCGGUUCGAAGAUCUGCCCAUCGAGAUCCACGAGGCAGUUCUGGACUACCUGUUUGGGGAACGAGCAUCCGCUUUCACCUCUUGCACCUGGGGCAAGUCCGCGCGCAGUUGGAACCGGUCGUUGCGUCAUCCCCGUCGAAAGGCGCUAUCGAAUCUAUCGUUGAUAACCCGGGUGUGGCGAGAAUUGGUGCAGGAUCGGAUCUACCGACAUAUCAAAAUCAAGGGCACCGCAGAUGAGUUGGCGGCAAGCGCACGCUGGUUCCGGGCGCACCCCCGUCUCGCCCCUUUUGUCCGCCAUGUCGAGAUUUGGAUCCCGGUCUGGGGGAAACGCGCGACCAAGCAGUUCACGCAGCAGCUCCCGACGCGGCGGUUCAACAACGAAGACGUGGGGUUUGCCGACCCGGCCGCCCUGCAGAAUGCGAUGGUCUGGGACGAUUCGGACACCAACCACGGCAGUGACUAUCGGUACCACUAUGCCAGCCACAAUGCCACCCUGGAAGAGAUGUUCGCCCACGUGCAGACCUGCUUCCCGCAGGCGCGCAUCCUGACCCUCGAGGGGGGCCAUUGCAAGCGGCCGCCGAUGGUGCGCCAUUUCCGGGACGAUCCGUGCGGGCACUCGGGGCUGCGGCGCCUUCCCGUGCUGCCGGACAUCCAGACCUUCGUCAUGCGCGGGGCGUGGAACAUCAUGCGCGACUACCAGCACUGGGCCAACAUGUCCCAGGCGCUGCCGGGCGUGCGCGAGUGGCACUGUGCCUACGCCAAGCCCAAGAUCGAGGGCUACGAGACCAUCGCGGAGGUGCUGGCGCGGCUCUCGCCGUCGCUGGUGCAUGUCAACAUCAGCCUGGAGGGAUUUUAUAAUAAGGACACCUCGCAGACCGGGUGGACGCCCGACGGGAUCACGCCGCCGCACCUCUGCCGGCUGCUGGGCGAAGCGGCGCCGCAGCUCGAGUCCCUGGCGUUCACGGGCAAGGUGUGCGCGGGCCUCUUCCAGGCGACGCGCGGGUUCAUGGCCUCGUGGCCGGCCAAGUCGCGGCUGAAGUCGCUGGACCUGGUGGUCAAGACGUGCUGCCGGGAGAAGAAGCACGUGCACCCGGGGCUGGCGUUCCUGGACGAUUUCUCGGGAAUCACGAACCUCAACUUCAUCCGGUCGUUCGAGAAGCUGGUGCUGGGGGCGGUGCACAGCCUGCAGCUCCACGCGCGGCUGGACUACAUGCGCAUCCGCUUCAUCGACCUGGACUCGGCGUGUCCGCCGCUGAACCCGUACUUCCAGCUGGUGGACGGCGAGUGUACGGGCCUGUGGAGCGAGCGGAUCCUGGAGGCGCUGCACGAGGCGCGGCCCGAGGCGCACUACGUGGAGCUGUCGGAUGGGAUCUAUCCGCAGUACGGGCACAAUCGGCAGAUCGUGGGGGCCGUGUAUCCCCGCACGCGGCCGUUGAGCAUCCAUGCGUCGACGUACAAGGUGAUUGCCGAUGUGUCGAAGCCGUAGUUUGGGAGUGUGUCCAUGUCGUCAUGAUGAGAGAGUUUGUAGCAAUUGCUGAUUUGCUUAAGAUAGUAUAAUGUUACAUUUAACUGAAGCUGACUUGUG